AUGAUCAACAGCUACAGCCUCGAGCAGGAUCAGCAGCUGCAGCAACCGGCAGGUCAGUCGGACCCCUCCCUGAUAUCGCUAGCCGUGAUCCAGAUGAAGGCAAUCAACAGCCGUAUUAUGCACGAGAAUAGGGUACAAGUGGUCGCCUUCCGAGAACUUGCAUACAUCUCUUCUCUUCUUCUUUAG